CCCUCCUAAUAAAACCCAUCAAGUCCAAACCUUUGAGCCAAAACCAAACACCCUUUUGGCCACACUCUUCAGUCUGCACAAUGUCAAUCCAACCUGACUCACCCAACAACAACACGUUGACCCAAAUGUUUCAGAACAUAUUCUCAGACAACAGUAACAUCAUGCUUGCAGCCAUCAUUUCUCUCCUCCUAGUAAUCCUCUUUGUCCUCCUUCUCCACCUCUAUGCCAAGUUGUUCCUCGCUCAGGCACAGCCUCAGGCCCACGCCCGCCGCCGCCGGAGGAGGAGGCGGCGAAACACGGUGACAGUCUCCGACGUCCUCGGCCCGGCAAGGUUCCACCACUUCCACAGCUUCAACAUAGAAGACAGUUCACCCCUCACAACAAAAGGCUUAGAUUCUUCAACCAUUAGAACAAUUCCACUCUUCAUCUAUGAACCCAACAACAACAAGGUCCAAGAAGAAGAAGAAGAACUUGAAUGUGUAAUUUGCUUGAGUGCCUUUGUGAGUGGUGAAGUGGGGAGGUGCUUGCCAAAGUGUGGCCAUGGCUUCCAUGUGGAGUGCAUUGACAUGUGGUUGAGUUCACACUCCAAUUGUCCUAUUUGUAGAGCCUCAAUUGUAGCAAGUGUUGUGGAGAAUGAUUCUAGGGUGGUGGUUUCAUCAAGUGAUCAUCAUCGUGAUGAAUUAUAUUACGGUGGAGAUCAUGAUUUGGUUGAGAUUGUGAUUGAAAGUGGUGGUGCUCCAAGUUCUGAGAUUAUUAGAGAGGGUGAUGGUAAUGGAGGAGCAAGAACAAGUGUUUCUGUUGGGUCAGAAACUUCUUCUUCUGAGUUUUUUGGGUGCUCUUUGGAGAGAAUGCUUGGCAAGGUUUUCCCAUCAAGUAAUGUAAAUUAAUGAAUGAAAUCACAUGCUUGAGAUGUAUAUGAUCGAAGUGUGUCUAUUUUCUCUACACAAUUAACCAUAAAAUGAGCAGCAUCAACUAUAGUUCUGUAUAUACAGGUUUUCUCUGUUUGAUCCUUCCUUGAAAUUAGUCUUGGCCUUGGAACUGUUAAAAAGAUUACUUUUUCAUUUUGUUGCCUUGGAAUCUUUUAAGCCCCCAGUUCACACUUUUUUUUUA